UCAUGCAAUAGAUGGAACCCGCAAUUGCAUCGACUGUCAACGGUGGAGAGACAUGCGCCAUGGAGACGGAGGACAUUCUGAAGGGUUUUGCAGAUGACGACAACGAAGGGAAUUCGGCAGGAGGGAACAACGCAGACUGUGCAGAGGUACUUGCGACAAUAUGUGCACAGACUACAGAGAUGAUGGGUGAUGGUGAUGAAACAGAGAAUGAUGUAGGAGGGAACACUUGUGAGACGGAAACCCCUGGGGAAGAGAGAGAGGAGGGAGGUCUGGGAAGCAGGGAAUCUCUGACAGGGUGUAUUGUGAAAGAUGAAAAUAUGGUGAAGAGAUCAGCAGGAGAAGAGUACCCAUAUGACAUCAAUUGGGUGUCAGGUCGUGUUCAACGGGGUGUUGUUGGAGGAACACCUUGCUUUGCGUUCAAAGUCGAAGGGACAUGGGUUCCAUUUCCUGCCCCCAAAAAUAAUACAUGGCGAAAAGUGACUCUGGCAAGGUUGAACGAUGGGGCAGCAACAGGGGUGAAAGCACGAUAUGCAAUGGACGUGUGGCAUGUUCUGGAGGCGCAGGGCGAGUUCAGGCUGAACGAUUUUUUGUACGACAGUUUUGAUUGUGGAAAGGCAUGGAUGAUUGGCGGGAACGACGCAACAGGGAGUACGAAGUGCCACGAGAGCGAUGCGAGGAGGGAUCCUAGGCACCUCGACAGGGAGGUCUCAGAAGACGAGAAGAAGGCAAUGGCAUGCAAUACCCACACUGCUGGCUGCUUUUUCCCGCCGCUUCGGAGCCCUGUGGACUCGGAGGUGGUUGAAGAGAAAGUUUUCACUGGUGAGGAUGGCAGCACAUACACGCAUGCAAGAGGGCAGGAAACCACGUACGAUGGAGUACGCUCGCAGAUAUGGGACCAUGUCACAAUGAGGAGUGACGUUCUAUCUGCCAUGGACAUUGGGGCCCGUGUCAUCCCUGAAGGACAGUUGCAGCAACAUAUGGCCCCUGAAAAGUAUGGCUAUCGUGUCAAUUGGGUCCCAGGAUGUUUGCAUCCUGCAGUGGUUGAUGACAAGGUGACGAUGGCAGCAAGACUGCAAUCAGGGCAUUGGCUCCCAUUGGGAUGGAUGCAUGCAGGCAUUGUGGAGCAUUGACAGUUCCUCGUGGUUCUGGCACAUGUCUCAAUUUUUAAUAUGAAUGUAAAGGACCACGUCCUGGUGGUUGAACACGCAAAGC